AUGCCCGCCCUCACCACCACGCGCAAGCCCACGCUCACGCCCACGCCCACGCCCCUCUGCACGGACAUGGCCGUCAUCGGCUGCGGCGCCAGCGGUCUCGCCUACGUAGACGAGGCGCUCAGUCUGGGCGUCUCUGUCACUCUAUCCGCGCACCCUCACCACCAGUCCAACUUGCACAAGAUUCUCGACGACGGCGCCCUUGACGUCGUGCGCCACCGCGGUGACGACGCGCCGGUCAAGGCGACGUGGGCGGUGGGCAAGGCAGGCUUCCACAUAGCGGAUCUCGCACGCGCGCUGCGCUCCUCCGACUACGUGUACCUCGCCAUGUCCGCGCAGGGAGACGCGCACUACAACGCGCACGAGGACAUGAUACGGUGCGUGAUCGCGACGGGCGUCGACACGCGGAGCAAGGUGUUUGUGGCGGUGAACGGGCACGAGUUUGCGUGGAAGGCCGAUCGGUGUGGGCUGGCGUACCGCGGCGUGGUGACGACGAUUGCGUCCUCGUUCGCGUCUCGCAUCGCGCGCGACGACACGCGCCUGACGCUGAUCAGCAAGGGCAAGAAGGUGUGGAUGCUGGGUGGGGUACAUCCGCGAUGCGAGGACACGCGCAAGCUUGCAAACGCGCUGCAACGCCACGUCGGGGUGACGUACACCUUUACGACGCGCGUCGAGGCGCUCUUUGCUACGACGAACCAGUGUCUGCACCUGCCCAUUCUCUUCGCCAACGCAUCGCGAGUGGACGCCAAGGAGUCGUUUCUGUUCUACGGCCAAGGGCUGACGCCGAGCGUGGCCAAGAUGAUCGAGGCGUACGACGCGGACCGCUUCGCGAUCCUGCGCGCGCUGGGCUAUUACGCCGGCAUGUCGAGCAGGGAGACGCUCAAUCGCUUCUACGGCUUUGCGUUUCCCGACCUCGUCUCGCUCGGCGUGGGGACGCCCGUGCAUAACAAGACGGCGGGAGGCCCGCCCGAGAGGUAUGUGAGCGAGGACGGGCGACAGGCGAGGCGUUGGUGCGUGAUUGCGAGGGCGAUUGGGGUGCGCGCGGACGUGGUGGGCGUGUAUGCCACGCAGGCCGUCGUGACCACGGGUCGUGUGAACGCGGAGAGUGAGGAGCAGAUUCUGCGCGACUUUGGGAUCGAGGGGUGUGGGGAGGAGGAGGCGCGGCUCGCCUCGCUCACCCACGUCGGCACAAUGAUGGCCACGUCCUGCAGCAGCACGUUGGCGGCGUUGGUGCCAAAGGUGCGCUCCGCCUGCGCUGCGCUCACGUGCGGGUUGAGCAGGUCCUCGACGCUGCGCUCGAGGUUGUGGAGUGUAAAGAGGACCGCGAAGGCAGCGAUGGUCGGGUCGCGCCCGAUGACCGAGAGGAAUAGCGCUAGGAGCGGGAGAGUAAUCAGCGUGAGAGCGCCCUUUUCCCACACGUACACGUUCGGCGUGUCGUCGCGUAUGCCCGCCGCGAGGUUGAGGGCAUCGCGCAACUGCCCGUACUCCUUGUCUACGAGCGUGCGCGCUUGUUUGGCCCCGUGCGAGGGGUGCGUGGCGUGGCGGACCGUGGCGAGCACGCGCCCAGCGUCUCCCGUUGAUGAGGACCUUGGCCAGCGCGAAGCCCGGCGCCGCGACGCCGACCGCAGCGGCCGAAAACAGAAUCUUAUGACGAGCGAACGCACCCGGCAUGAGCGUGCCCACCAAGACGGUGACCGUAUUGAAGCUGCCAUACAGCGCCUUGUCCUCGCUGACCCGAAACGCGAGGUAGUCGGUCGUGAAAGGUCCGAGCACAACCGUCUUGGGUUCGGACAAUACGCGCAUUACGAGCGGUACCUCGCGCGUGAUGAGGGCUCCCUUGCCGAGGCGGGUGAGCGCGAGGAGUGCAACGGUGAUGCGGAAGAUGGCGACGCACGCGAAGAGCGAUCAUCAUGCGGCGCGGCGUGCGAGGGGCAUCGUAGGGCGGGGCAGGACGGCCGCAACGUCGUGGGCGAGGUGGACGCGGAUGGCGUUGGGCAGCUUGAGGAGCGCGAUGUCCUCGUGGAAGGACCUCGCGUGGGCGUGGAAAUGCUGCAGCUCCAGCAGUGCACGCCGCUUGUCGUCGCCGAGGGCGAGCCAGCCGGGUGGUGA